AUGCCACCUAAGAGACCCAAAAGUGCGAGAAGCAGUGCAGGCAGUAAGGGGAAAGGCAAGAAUCUGUGUCAAAAUCCAUUGGCAAUUGAUUGUCAUCUCGCUCACCAAGGUCAUCCUGAUGAUAUCUUCCCCAUGGUCCUGACAUCAGCCACCCAGGAGCUCUUUGGUUGCCUUGCUGAUGAGGAUGUCACAGGGGAGAGCCCUUACAAGCUCCUGAAAAAAGACGACAUCAUACAAGACAUUAAGACAAGAGCCGCAGUGUCCGAUUUCAGCCCUGUGAAGCAGUUUGUGCUGGACUACCCAGAGGAUGAGAUGUUGCUGGUUUUUGACAGGGACUUCACUUAUGAUCAGAGCUUCUACCUGGUUCUCACACCAGAAGCUAAGGACAGAAUUAUCAAUCCCCCAGAGCCUGAGACACCAGAAGUGUUUGAGGAAGAAGUCAGUAAAAUCCCAGAACCAAAGCAAUGGAUGCAUCUUGGCAGUGAGCAGGAAAUUGAUGAAGAAUCUAUCAAAGAGACCAGAAAAAAGCUGUGGUACAAGUUCUCCAGAGUGCGGAGGAAGUUUGAGGUACCAGUCUCUUUUUCUGACCGCAACACUGCAGAUGCUGAGGAUGGCUACCUAGCGUGUGCUUCCUAUCAAGACAGCAGAUUCAGCAUCAAGCAGAUGCAGAGGGACUGCGGGGUGCAGGCUGCUCCCACGCAGCAGAGCAGCAGUGCUCAGACACAAUGGAAGAUCCAGAGGAAUAGCUGCACCCAGUACGUGCCAAGAGAGUUAAGUGAUGAAGAAAGAGAGAACAUCCUCCAGUUUGAGAGUCUGAAGCAUUUUUUAAACUCAGUGACCCCCAGGGUUUUGCAAGCCCUUCAGCAGGAGGAGAUCAUGAAUGUGUUCUUAGAUGACUAUAAAGCUCUGGGGACAUUAGCUGAGGACGGUGACUGGUGUGGGAAGGUUUCUGAAGGUUUGAUGCUUAAUCAGGCCUUCUCAGACCAAAAGUACACUAAGGACAAGAAAAUCACCAGUAUUAACUGGCAUCCUACCAUCUAUGGUGUGAUAGCUGUGGCUUUGACAGAGAAAAGGGAGGUGCCAUUGAACGAGUCCACGUUUGUUGUCAGACCCUCUCUGGUUCUCUUCUAUAGCUUUUCCAGCCCCUCUAAUCCCCAGUUGCUGCUGGAGAGCCCAGAUGACAUUUUUGCCUUUGAGUUCUGCCCCUCUGAUCCAAAUAUUAUUGUUGGCGGCUGCAUAAAUGGCCAGGUUGUGUUGUGGGACAUUUCUGCUCAUGUCACACGCCUGCAGGGAACACAGCCUAGUGGUAAAAAGGUCUCUGUCAACACUGACACUCUGACCUCUCACCAGGACCUUGAUGAGAACAAAGAGAAUGAGACUCCCGUCGUGCGCUACUGUGCAGCGUCUACUGUAGAGACCAGCCACAAAGCACGAAUUACUGAUGUCCAGUGGCUGCCACCAACGUUUGAGGUGACCAGGUCAGGCAUGCCAGUAGAGAACAAGUACAACAUUUCUGUUCAGGUUGUCACCUGCUCAACUGACUGCUCUUUAAUGUUCUGGGAUGUGCGAGCACAAAAACUGUUGAGCCAGUCAGCAUCAGACAGGAAGCAGAAUGCGGAUCAGAAGACUAACCUGACACCAUACGGUGUCCCCAACACUUUCAAACACCUGGAACGCACUUGGAAACCUCUGUUCAGGGUUUCCCUGCCAAAGAUCGAUACCAGUGGAGAAUACGCUCCUAUGAAGUUCAGCCUGGAAUACUACACCUGUAAUACCAAUGAGAAUAUUGAUAGCUCAGAGUUCAUCCCAGACUACAGCCAGCUCAGAGUGCCCUCAGCUAAAACCCUCAGAACUCUGGAAGAUGUCAAUACCAAACUCUAUAUUGGAACAGAGGAUGGGGAGAUUGUUUACACUGACUGGAAACUGGAGAAGGAUGACUUUGCGCGGCUGCACAGUGCCAAGCCCCUUCACUGUUUUAGCACCCAUCACUGGUUGGUGAAUACAGUACAGAGGUCACCCUUCUUCAGAGACAUUAUUUUGACAACAGGAGGCUGGACCUUCGCCAUCUGGAAGGAGGGAGUCAUGGAUGGCCCCAUCAUGUUGUCACCAAACUCUGAACUGGUGUGCACCGCGGGGUGCUGGUCCCUGUCCCGACCAGCUGUCUUCUUCAUUGGGAAAGGGGAUGGCAGCAUUGAGGUGUGGAACCUGCUGGAAAAGACCAGCGAACCUACACACAUCUACACACACCACAUCAGCAAUGUCAAGAUUACCUGCAUCAAACCCUGGACUGCCUCCUCCAAGCAACACUUCCUGGCUGUGACUGAUGACCUUGGAAUCGUCCGUGUAUUAGAAAUCCCGAAGACACUCUAUGUUCCCUCUAAGAAUGAGAGUUUGAGUGUCAGGAAAUACUUUGAGCUGGAGGAACACAGGCAGAGGGAUUUUUUGAGGAGGAAGGAACUGUGGGUGACAGAGAAGAAGGAAGCUGAAGAGCUCGAGAAGAGGACGGAACCUGGCAAGCUAGUAACAUUUCUGAAUGUGCCUGAAGAGGAGAACAUGAAGAAAUACAGUGAUUACCUGAUGCUGGAGAACAGCAUCCUGAAGGCAUUCGGCCUGUGUCCAGCUACUGCCGGCACAUAAGAUACCUGAUAUUACACACAUUCACUCACACUUUU